AUGGGCAGCGGCAGCAGCCGGAGCGGCCGGAGCGGCCGGGCCCUGAGGAGGCGGCGCAGCUCCGACAGUCGCCCGGCGGAGCCCGGCGGGGCAGCCCCGCAGGUCGGGACGAGGCCGCGGCUCUCAGCGACGGCGGCCGAGGAGGCGACCGGUCACGACCCGGGGCCCGCAGCGCCCCCCGACGGCGGGGACGAGACCCUGCGCCUGCUGGACCAGCUGCUGGCCGAGUCGGCGGCCUGGGACCCCGGGGAGCCGGCCCCGCGCCGCCCGGCCCGGCCCCGACCCGCCGCGGGCGCCGGGAGCGCGGUGUUGCCAGAGCAGAGCACCGAAGACCACCCAGAGAGCAGCAGUGCCUCCAGGGUCCCACCUACAGGGAGUGUCGCCUCCUACCAAGAAAGGACAGAGCGAGGGGAUUCUGCCUCCAGGCCACUGCGUGCACCUGGGCAGCUGUCUGUUCCCGCAGGCUUCGUCUACGAGCAAGCACUCUCUGAAGCCCCCGGCAGCAGUCACAAGAGGCCUGAGAGGCAGUCGGCCAUCUCCUACGACUACUCAGAGGAGGAGCUGAUGGCCAGCAUUGAGCGCGAGUACUGCCGCUGAGGCCCUGCCCUGACCGUGGCCACCACUGACCCCAGCCUGCCUGGCCUCGGAGGCACCGGGCAGUGCACUGGGCGCCCCCUUCCCAUCCAGGGCUCUGGUUGGAGCCGAAGCACUUCCAAAGUGCAGUUACUCCGGAUCUUUCACAACCCACCUUUCUACAUUCAUAUUCAGCUGGCUGAAUGCAGCUGGCUGCUGGCGAGGGCUGGUCAGCUGUGCAGGCCCAGGUGCGGGCAGGCGCAGGAGCUGUUCCCCAGGUGUGUGGGCAGGCAGUAGCUCUGACCACCUGCUCCUCUCAGUCUCGGGGAACCUGUCUGCAGGGUUUCCCAGAGCCUGAGACGCUUCCCCUUCCUGCACCCACUCUUCAUGGUGGGAAGGGCUCACUAGGGAUGGGUGACACAAGCUGAACCCCUUCCUGCUUCUGGGCCACAGUGCUUGCAAAAGUUCCACUGUGAAAGGUGCACCUGAGGUGUGCCAUUUGUCCUGCCCCUGAGGCAGGGCCUGAGAUUCUGCAUUUUUAACUAGCUCCCAGGGGAGGCCCAAACUGUGGGAGCUCCAGCCACAUUUGAGGAGCAGGAUUUAGAGCGGAGCUUCAGACCUUCCCCCGCACUGGCGACUGCUCUGAGCUUCAGCCCUCCUGUCUCUCCCACAGUGGGCGUGGUGGCAAGAGAGCCCCAGGCUGGGCGUUGCAGAGUCCAGCUGCACUCCCAGCUCUGCACUAACUCACAGUGGGACAUAGAGAUAGUCACUUUCUCUCUCUGGGCCUCAGUUUCCCUCUCUGGAAAAUGAGCCCUGGAGGCUCUGUGAGGCCCUCCCCAGCUCUGACAACCUAGGAUUACACAAUUCCAGCCUGCUCCACCCCCCCACCCCCCAAGGCACAGAAAUGCCUUCCUUGCUGAGAGGGAGUACCCAAGCCCCACCUGGAAAGGGUUAUCCUUCCAGCAGGCAGCUUGACUAAUGCCCAUGGGCCUUUUUAUUCUUGGAAGGUAGACAGUCUCAGCCAUGAGGCCAGAAGAGCCUUAGAACAUUCCCAGCUGACAAAUGAAAAAACUGACUUGCCAAGGACACCCUGUGAAUAUGAGGCAGAGCCUUUAGCUGGAAGGGGGACUCGUGCUGUGGGCAACCGGUCCUGAGCCUCAGCCCAGUUGUGGCUCCAGUUGGAAGGGGGACUUGUGCUGUGGGUGAGCAGGUCCUGAGCCUCGGCCCAGGUGUGGUUCCAGUUGGAAGGGGGACUUGUGCUGUGGGCAGGCAGGUCCUGAGUCUCGGCUCAGGUGUGCCUUGCUCAGGAAAAGCUCAUGGUAGAGAGCAGCCAGCCAGCCGGGGAGGCCAGGAGGCAGGCUCCUCCUGAACAGCUGGAGAGGGCUUCAGUACAAAGGAGGACAGAGGGAACAAUGGCAGCUUUUGCUGAACCUGGAGUAGGUCUCAGCUUAUCUCGAAUUUACCCACCGAUGCAGUGCCCUCCUGGGCACCCUAGGUUUCCUGCGAACAGCUGCUAGCACACACAUCCUCAGACACAGCCUGGAGCAAGAGCAUCUCUGGAACCAGUGAAUGGCCACUUGGCACUGUCCCCAGACCCACAGGCCUGUUGACAUCAUUGGCAAAUGGGCAUUUCCAUCAAUUCUUAUCUGACACGAGUGCCUUUGAUCAGCUGUUUGCGGUUGGGAGACUUUACUACAAAGUCUGAGCGUGGAGCGGCGGGGCCCUUCUCCGGCCCUCCCCCGGGGUUGGCCCAGAGCUUCCCCAAAGCUGGUCUCUAGUCCUCAUCUAAGCCCAAACCAUUUUUUUUGAUACAAAGAUUAAAGCCAUUGGUAUUUUAAUAAUACAGUAUUUUGGAAGAAGUUAAAAUUUUACUUCUUACCACCAGAAGGAUCAGGCUUUGAAUUUAAUGAUGUAAAUGUUUACAAUUUUACAUCAUUAUUUUGUUAAAAUGGGAUACAUUCAGCCGGUUUCCAAGAAAAAGAUGAUAACCUCUGCAUUUUCUGGUGGAAAACUCAUACAAUACCUAAUGAGAUCAAGGUGUUAAGAAAAAAAAAAUAUUCCUGAAGUAGUCACAGUCUGUCAGUGUCGCAGUGAGUGCACGUCUUCAAAGCUGAGAAGUCAGCAGCUGUUCUCAGGUCUAUUUUUAUUUUUAUUUUUAUUUUUGGCAGCUGGCCAGGACAGGGUACAGGGAUUGAACCUGGACCUUGAUGUUAUCAGCACCACUCUAACCAACCGAGCUAACUGACCAGCCCCGGGUCUUUUUUUUUUUUUUUUUUAAUUCUCUGAAUUCAGGAAGUGUCUUGUGAACAGCAGCUAGCAAAAUAAAGCAGUGUGUCCAGCUGUAAAGCCUGCCCCGUAUUCAUCCCAUGAGAUGGGGACAGGGGUGGGGUGUCUGUGGGCCCAGGAGCCCUUGCUGCACUAGACCUGUGCUGAGCACCUGCUGUGUGCCAAGCACUGCUGCCGGCCUCUCGUGGUUGCCCAACGUUGCUUCUGAGCCUAAGUAUCCUUCUCUAGAGCUGAGUGUGGGAUCUGCUCACCAAGGGGGUGGGAAUGUGACUGAGAUAGAGGCAGAAUAGAAAAAGAAAAGAGACCUCCCAAAGUCGAAAAUGAUGACACAAGUAUUGUAUGGAAAAGUCUUAAGUUAACACAUCUCCCAGUUUCUGUAGUGUGGGAGUUCCUCUGAGAUGCUACCGAGCCCUGGGAACCGAGAACAGGCCACAUCCCCAGCGCUAAGGAACGUUGCGUGUGGCUUCAUGGGCGGGGGAGGAGCAGAGCCAGGCCAGUGCCCCCUGCCUGGCCCCUGCCUCUCCAAGCCUCUCCUCUCACCCAUGGGGUCCUGCCUCGCUCGGGCAGGGACCUCUUCCACUUGCUGCUCUUGGCCAGGCUCCCUGCUCCUCCCUGAGACCAGCUCUUGUGGGACACCCUCCUUGGACAUUCCAGAGUCUCAGAGCCGCUUUUUACUCUGGAAGCCUGCAUCGCUCACAGGCAUUGCCAGAGCAUCUGCUACUUGCUGGGGGUCUGCCCCUGGGCUAGAUACUGGAUUUGUGGGUAGGUGAGAGAUCUCUCUGCCAAUGAGGAUGUCGCUGUUCCCAGAGGCAGAGGCACACUGGUAAACGUGUGCACUCUGGAGGACACACGGCUGUCGAGGAGGUGUAGCCAAGCGCCCCACAGAAGAGCAAACCUGUGGGCAUUGUUUCUUUUUCUGUUCUGGCAAUAACUAGGCAGGAGGAAGGUCUCCUUAGUUGCCAUCGAGAGGAUAAAUCACACUUGAGGCUGUGAAGGUUAGUUCCCUCCUGGAGGAAGGGAGGCUCCAUAAUCAGACCUUUUGUGUGGUGCCAGUCCGGGCCCCCUGGGCACAAGUCAGGCCUUAAGAGGUGGGCGGGUGGCUCUGCUUUCUGGUGUGAUGAAACCCUCUAGUUUGAAGAGUUGGGAAGGAGAAGGUGCCUUCUCUCUGGGGUGUAGAUCCCUGGGAAAGGAAGGUGGCUUUCAGUCCACAGAGCUGGAUGGCAUCUGAGUAGCACCACCGAGUUGCUGGGGAUGUGGUACGCAGGACACUGGGAGGGCUGGGCCCUAAAAGCUGCGCCACCAGGAACUCAAGCAGAAGGAGGGUGUGCCUGCCUGUGUCCUUCCACAAUCCAAGCCCCCAGCAGGGUCAUGGGCCUGCGGCCAGUUACCAACAGUGACACCAUGUGGCAACAAGAAACUGCCGCAGCGAAGGCGGCUUGGACCGCACAGCUGUCUUCCUGAGGGGUGGAAGGUGGGAAGUCCCAGCUUGGGCUAACUAAAUCCAACUAACUAACUAA